UGAUUGGCUUGGGAAAGGCGAACUCCGGAUUGGCCCGCACGCCGUGACGGGACUGCGCGGGAAACGGCCGGAUCUGGCAGGCUGCAGACGAGCGCGGAGGUCCCUGGUGCUGCUGCGUCCUUCCGCAGUUACCAUGAGCUGCAUCAACCUGCCUUCGGUGCUGCCCGGCUCCCCCAGCAAGACUCGGGGUCAAAUCCAGGUGAUUCUCGGGCCCAUGUUCUCAGGGAAAAGCACAGAGCUGAUGAGGCGGGUCCGCCGCUUCCAGAUCGCCCAGUACAAGUGCCUGGUCAUUAAGUAUGCCAAAGACACGCGCUACAGCAACAGCUUCUCCACACACGACAGGAACACUAUGGAGGCGCUGCCAGCCUGCCUGCUGCGGGACACAACCCAGGAAGCCCUGGGGGUGGCUGUCAUAGGCAUCGACGAGGGCCAGUUUUUCCCUGACAUCGUAGAGUUCUGUGAGAGUAUGGCCAACAGCGGGAAGACGGUGAUUGUGGCGGCCCUGGACGGGACCUUUCAGAGGAAGGCUUUUGGCAGCAUCCUGAAUCUGGUGCCCCUGGCAGAAAGCGUGGUGAAGCUGACCGCUGUGUGCAUGGAGUGCUUCCGGGAAGCUGCCUACACCAAGAGGCUGGGCCUAGAGAAGGAGGUAGAGGUGAUCGGUGGAGCAGACAAGUACCAUUCCGUGUGUCGCCUCUGCUACUUCAAGAAGUCCUCGGUCCAGAACAUGGGGCUGGACAAGGAAAACUGCCCGAUGCUGCCAGGGGAAGCCCCAGUGGCCAGGAAGCUCUUUGCCCCUCAGCAGGUGCUACAGUGUGGCCCUGGCCUCUGAGGGCCCCCCAUGGCCCUGUGGAGCAAAGGCCCUCCCUCUUUGCCUACCCACAGGCCUCUGUCCCUACCCCAGCCAGGCCUCAUGGUUUGGGGUCCAGUCUCCUCCAGGCCGUGGGCAGAGCCACAUGCUGUUAUGACACUGGUGCUGCUGGCCGCUUCCCCCUUUGUGGCUUUCACGAGUUUCUGUUCUCCCUGGGAUGUCUGUGCCAGUGCCCCAGAGCCCCACCUCGCACAGAGGCUCCCGUUAUCCACUCAGGACAUCUGGCCUGGUGUCCCCUGCUCCCUGUUGGGCUGAAAUCCAUUCUUACGCUCCAGCUCAAGCAGUGGUGGUUUCUCCAGAAAAAUGUCAUCUUUCAGGCACCGUGCUGUGGCAUGGCUGCAGGGGCCUGGCCACCCAGAGCUGGCCCCUUGAAGGGGAAGGUGGGCCUGGGGAGGUAGCUCAGCUGCACAAGCACCUGCCUGGUGAAUGCAAGGUCCUGAGUUUGAUUCCCAAGACCAAAAAAUAAAAAGAGGAAGGUGCUCGUGGCUCUGGGCCCUGCCUCUUGCUGCACUGCUUUGAUGUUGAUGGCCAGUAUUAAGUCAGUAGCUGACAAAGCCACAUUUCACUUUUUUUUUUUGUAUUGGGAAUCAAACUCAGGACCUGACACUUGCAA